AUGCCCCCGGCUGCCCGGAAGUACCUCCUGGUGAAGCCCAAGGUGGUGGCGCCGCUCGACCCGAAGUUCUCCCCCCUGGUCCUCGGCAAGAAGAAGUACCUGGAGGCCGUGAAGGAGGUCGCGGACGCGGAGACCCUGGAGUGGGCGCUCCCGCGCUCCGACGGAUGCGCUCGCUACAAGCUGCCCGUCUUCCCGCAGAAGCACAAGGACGUGCGCGCCUCCACCUACCUGGCGGGCGUGCUGAUCCAGGAGAUGAUCUGGCAGCGAAGCGCCUCUUCGUUGAUCCUCUUCGGGCCCGAGAAGAUGACCAAGGUGCUGAAGACCAUGUUCUCCGUGGACGGCGCCUACGCCUUCGAGGUCAAGUCCAUGCCGAACGUGUGCGGCACCCCGGACAAGCCCUUCGAGGUGACCAUCGCGGAGAAGGCCGAGGACCUGCCCGAAGCGAAGGACACCCCGCAGGUGUGCGGCAAGGACGCGAACGGUUGCCGCCUCGCGUUCGACCUGGGCAAGAGCGACAUCAAGACCGUUGCCGUGAAGGACAACGAGGUCCUGGACUCGAAGGAGACGGAGUGGGACGUGACCAACCCGGACCCGGACUACCACUUCGACGCGAUCCUCAAGGCCAUGAAGGAGACGGCGGCCAAGCUGCCGAAGAUCGAGGCCAUCGGCGGCAGCGCCACCGGUACCAUCUCCGGCGCCAACGAGGCCACCUGGUGCGACAUCUUCCCCAACGUCCCCCCUGACGUCUACAAGGCGAAGGUGGUGAACAUCUUCAACAGGCUCGCCGAGGCCAUGGCUCCCGGCGUCCCCCUGAAAGUGAUCAACGACGGCGAGGUCACGGCCCUCGCCGCCGUCCAGAAGAUCAAGGCGGGGAAU